ACAAAUGCAACUUACCUGAUAUAGCUAUUAUUUUGUUAGGAGACUUCCAUUCUGCAGUUAAUAGACAAUCCAUGCCACAUAUUGUAAGACCUAUGAGAUCACCUGGUUGAGAACCGAAAUUUUCACCUCUGAUUUUAAUUCUAGUACCAGGAGCACCCUCAUUAGGAGAUAACCCCGUUACUAUUGGGGGCGGUGCCAUAUUGUGUUUCAGUAAACUAUUGCUGUUGCAAUAACAUUAGCAAUUUUUUACAGUUUAUUUUUUUUAAAUAAAUAUUCUUAUAUCUGUAAAUCUAGUUUUUAAAACAUUGUUUAUUAAUAUUAAUAACACAGAUUGAUAAAUAACAUAAAUAAUAAAAACAUAACCUAAUUUUUUGUUCUUCUUUUUUUUUUUAUCGUCGUACAAUCGCUGGUCUCUUUAUUAAUAGGUGACUGGGAAAUUUAAAUAUGAUAAAUGCUUAAGAAGAAUAGGUAUUUUUAAAGCCGUAUGAAAACGAAGCAGAUUUUAACCUAGCUAAUUACAACUGAAAAAAUUGUGUGACUGUGACUGAUAAUAUCAAUCAAUUUGGUAAAUCAAUCAACUAGAAAUGGGGAGCACAAAACCAAUAUUUCGAGAUCUUAACCCAGAUGAUCCCGAAUCAGAAACUACAGAAAUAGAAUCCCUCUGUAUGAAUUGUCACGAAGAUGGUAUAACAAGGCUCAUGCUAACCGUUAUUCCAUUUUUUAAAGAAGUUAUUGUAAUGUCUUUUACUUGUGAUCAUUGUGGAUAUCAAAAUAACGAAUUACAAUCUGGAGGACCCGUUGCCGAUAAAGGGGUGAAAAUUAAUUUUAAAGUUUCAAGAAGCGAAGAUUUAAAUAGACAAGUUGUAAAGAGUGAUUAUACAAGUGUAAAGAUUCCAGAACUAGAUUUUGAAAUAUCUUCUAAAAGCCAAAGGGGCGAAGUUACUACUGUGGAAGGUAUUAUUGAUAGAAGUAUAAAAGGAUUGGAACAAGACCAACCUGUUAGAAAAAUAGAACAUCCAGAUGCUGCUAUUCAAAUUGAAGAAUUCAUUAAUAAAUUGAAAAAGUUAAAAGAUUUAGAAAAACCAUUUACAUUAAUACUAGAAGAUAUUUCAGGUAAUAGUUUUAUAGAAAAUCCAAAUGCUCCAAGGGUUGAUAAGGAUUGCAGCAUGACUUAUUUUACUAGAAGUAAAGAUCAAGACCAUACUCUUGGUAUUUUUACUCAAAGUGAAAUUGCAAAUGAAAAUGAAAGUGGUAUAUUGGAACCUGUUCAAGAAGGAGAGUUUACUUUAGAAGAUUUGGAAGGAGAAGUAUUACAGUUUCCAACAAACUGUCCUUCUUGUAAUUCUCCUUGUAAAACAAACAUGAAAAUGACAAACAUUCCCCAUUUUAAAGAAGUAAUUAUAAUGGCUACAAAUUGUGAUGUAUGUGGGCAUAAGACCAAUGAAGUCAAAUCUGGAAGUGGAGUUGAACCAAAAGGUCUUAAAAUAGAAGUUGAUAUUAAAAAUCAAGAAGACUUCUCUAGAGACUUAUUGAAAUCAGAUACAUGCAGUUUAAGUAUACCUCAGCUAGAACUAGAAGUGGGACCUCAUGCCCUAGGAGGUAGAUUUACUACAGUGGAGGGACUUAUAAUUGCUAUUAAAGAUCAACUUAGUGACCCUAAACACUCCCACAUGUUUGGAGAUUCAAUAGAUCCACAAGCUAAAGGUCAAUUUCAAUCAUUUUUAAAAAAGUUUGAUAAUAUUCUUGCUGGUCUAAUGGAAGUUACUCUGGUUUUGGAUGAUCCAGCUGGUAAUAGUUAUGUUCAGACAAUGAGAGAUGAUGGUCUUCCAGACGAAUGCUUAAGAAUAGAACAUUAUGAACGAAACUUUGACCAAAAUGAAGAGUUGGGGUUAAACGAUAUAAAAACUGAAGAGUAUGAAAACGUAUAGGUUAUGCAUAUAUUGUAUAGUUUAUGUAUUUGUUAAGUAAAUAAAUAUUUUUUGUUAAUACAUUGAAAGUUUUAUUUUUA